UAAUGGAACAAGUGAUUUCCCCUGAUUGAGUAAACGCCCAGUUUAGUGAUCUAAAGCUGAAAAUAUCCAACCUAGAUCUCAUUGUUAAAGACUACCCGGUCCUAAAACAAGAGUAUGAGGAAGGAAAUAUUGACCUUCUCAAGGAAAAGAUCUCUGAACUGUACUCAGAAUUCGAGAAGGUCCAAGAAUGACCAGAGAACUCUCAGAAAUCAAUAAAUGAGCUUUCAGAGACCUUAAAAUCCCUGCUUCAUAGCCUUGAGAACUCAGAAAUUGUUAGAAGAGCUGGAGUAGAGUACAUGAAAGAUUUUGAAUUCUACCAUCCUGAAGGAACCCCUGAUUCUGAGGAAUACAUCAAGGAAAUUGAAAAAGUUCGCGCUCAGCAAGAGUCUAAGAUAAAGAUCCUUAAAGACGAAAUCAGGAAAUUAGUCGAGACCAACGAAAACCUUGAAAAUGAUAUUCAGAAAAUGAAAUAGCGAAACUUCAGAAGAGGAAAAAGAAUCAGAACUCCAAAGACAGAGAAAAGAAAUAUCAGACCUGCAGGAUGAGAUCCAAAAUAUGGAGGAGAAGAUCAGGGAGGGACAGGAAGAGCUUGCUAAUUUAGACAUGGGAAGAAAGAUGUAUGAACCUUCAUACUACUAGUUCAAUAUUUUA